CUGUUUGCCAACUACGUGCUGCUCGCCUGGACUGGCUUCACGCUGAUCAUGUACUCAUUCCCCUACUCAAAGCCAGUACAAGCCGGCAAUGACUCGCGUAGAUGUGUGCGUUGUCUACGCCGUUAUUGCGUUCCUCACGACCAUGGACUGGGUGUUUAGAGGCCGCAAGAGCUUCCGAGGUGCGGGCGAGCGCAAGGCUGACGUGAAUGCGCAUGGGCAGAGGAUUGUGGAUGUGCCCCGGCCUGCGUAGCCAGGGGAGUUGUGAUCAUUGGGUGCUUGUACAUGCUAGGAUUGGGAUAUAGAGUGCUUCAAGGUCAACUUACGUACCACACUCAACCGCUCUGCGUACCAUUGGUCAAGGCCAUGUCUGCCGAUACGCCUCCAAAAAUAACCAGCACUCGUGUACAUGGCCCAUCUCGUCCCGUGAUAAUCCUCGGUCGACAAUCUAUGCGAAAUCCAGAUGCCCUCGCUAGACCGGCAGCCACGCACUUCCGUUCGGCAACGAAGCGACGUACGACGCAAAACGCGCACAGCCACAUGUCGCCACUCUCCAGCCGUUUCGCCAGUUACAGCCGUCCCCCGCAAACCAGGCACGCCCGGUGUAUCGCAAUUUAUCGCAAUGUCGACAUGCCAUUUGCUCAAAUGCGAUGUGACGGGUGGCUAGUGAAGGGGCAAACCUGCAUUUCGCUGUCUUUCAACCGGCUGGCAGCACGCUGACGGGCCCUGAUCAGCAUCGCAGACUGCCCACUGUGGUAAAGAGACCGGUGGGCUGUGUUGGUUGAUCGCUUGCUUUUCGCCUCUCUCUACGUCGACUUGCUGCCGCGACGAAUCUCGAGCGUCGAGGACCUGCACGCUGUACAUGGGUCGAA